CCGGGGGGGCCCGGUGGAGGCUGCGCCGCGAGUGAGCGGGGCUGUGCCGCUAUCGCCCUAGGUAGGAUGGACCUGCCCCCCUGCCUCUGCCCCCAUGUCCAAUAAGAAGAGACCCGGCUUGACACCUGCCUAUAUACAGAGGAGGAGAGCAACAUCUUCAGCGCUGGUCUUUGGAGGGGGGGGGAACAACCCAAAACACAACACAACAUCAGGUCAGAGCGGGGGGCUCGGUGGUAUUAUAAAACCCCCCCAAGACUAUGACUUCCAGUAAAAUUGAGAUGCCAGGGGAGGUGAAGGCAGAUCCUGCAGCUCUGAUGGCAUCUCUGCAUCUGCUGCCUUCUCCCACUCUCAACCUUGAAAUCAAAUACACCAAGAUUUUCAUCAAUAAUGAGUGGCAGAAUUCCGAAAGUGGGAGAAUAUUCCCAGUAUAUAAUCCAGCAACAGGAGAGCAGAUCUGUGAGAUUCAGGAAGCUGACAAGGUCGAUACGGACAAAGCAGUGAGGGCAGCCCGGCUCGCAUUUUCUCUGGGCUCUGUUUGGAGGAGAAUGGAUGCAUCGGAAAGAGGCCAUCUUUUGGAUAAGCUGGCGGACUUGGUUGAGAGAGACAGGGCAAUUCUUGCUACUAUGGAAUCCCUGAACAGUGGUAAACCAUUCUUGCAAGCUUUCUACGUCGAUCUCCAGGGAGUCAUAAAAACCCUGAGGUAUUAUGCCGGUUGGGCAGACAAAAUCCAUGGAAUGACCAUUCCUGUAGAUGGAGAUUAUUUUACGUUUACAAGACAUGAACCCAUCGGAGUGUGUGGACAGAUCAUCCCUUGGAACUUCCCCCUGCUGAUGUUUGCAUGGAAGAUUGCUCCAGCUCUGUGCUGUGGAAAUACAGUAGUUAUUAAACCAGCAGAACAAACACCACUUAGCGCUCUCUAUAUGGGAGCCCUCAUCAAGGAGGCUGGCUUUCCUCCAGGAGUUGUCAAUAUUUUGCCAGGAUUUGGUCCAAUUGUUGGUGCAGCCAUUGCCUCCCAUGUUGGCAUUGAUAAAAUUGCUUUCACUGGAUCCACUGAGGUUGGGAAGCUGAUCCAAGAAGCAGCUGGAAGGAGUAAUUUGAAGAGAGUUACACUGGAGCUGGGUGGGAAAAGCCCAAACAUUAUUUUCGCAGAUGCUGAUUUGGACUAUGCUGUGGAACAAGCUCACCAAGGGGUGUUCUUCAAUCAAGGUCAGUGCUGCACUGCAGGCUCACGGAUUUACGUGGAAGAAUCAAUCUAUGAAGAAGUUGUCAGAAGAAGCGUGGAACGUGCAAAGAGGAGAGUUGUGGGGAGCCCUUUUGACCCAACUACAGAACAAGGUCCACAGAUUGAUAAAAAACAAUACAACAAGAUCUUGGAACUUAUUCAAAGUGGAAUUACAGAAGGAGCAAAACUCGAAUGUGGGGGUAAAGGAUUAGGAAGAAGAGGCUUCUUCAUUGAACCUACAGUGUUUUCCAAUGUAACAGAUGACAUGAGGAUUGCCAAGGAGGAGAUUUUUGGGCCCGUUCAAGAAAUACUGAGAUUUAAAACCAUGGAUGAAGUUAUAGAGAGAGCCAACAAUUCUGAUUUUGGGCUGGUAGCUGCUGUCUUUACAAACGACAUAAACAAGGCCCUGACAGUCUCUUCAGCAAUGCAGGCUGGGACAGUCUGGAUAAAUUGCUACAAUGCCUUAAAUGCCCAAAGUCCUUUUGGAGGAUUCAAAAUGUCUGGCAAUGGGAGAGAGAUGGGUGAAUGUGGAUUGAGAGAAUAUUCUGAAGUUAAAACUGUGACAAUAAAGAUCCCUCAGAAGAACUCCUAAAAUGAUGAAGGACCGUGUUGUGCAGAAGAGCACGUGAUGCCACCUUCUCUAUUCCUUAUGGAGACCAGCACUCAGGAAUAAAAAGUGUUACACAAUAUAUAUUUAAGAAAUUAAGUUGCAACAUAUAUACUGGGCACAUAACUGCAUACAUAAUGCAAACCAGCUCUGCAUGUUUUCAUAAAACUCUCCUGAGAAUCAUUACAUCUUUAUAAAAGAAAUCAUUACAAGAGAUAAAAUUGCUAUUGGGCAUCAUUUAAUAACGGUUCUAGCUAUAAAACUGUUAAAUGCAAAUGCAUGCACACACACAUUUAUCUCUUCUUUAAAUAAACAAAAUAAGUCUCACUGCUUUCAGGUUGCCUUCUCAAACAGACCUGCCUCGUACUGACAUUGUUUCGACCAGGGCUCUAUAAGCCAGAUUUUACCCAAAACACUAACAAUGAACAACACUAACACUGAUGAUCUUAAAAAAUUAGAGGCUCUGAACGGUGAUGACCCCAAACCUGGCAGACUGGCAACUUUCCAAUUAGCACAGUCACACUGGGGAGGGAAUCAAUCCACUAUACAGACAAUGAAAGCCAGAUACUUAUCAGUGAGGUCUGGCUUUCAUGGCUCAUGGUGAUUUGGAUUUCAAAGCUUAUUUUCAUAAUUACUUUAUGUUGUGCUAGAAGCAAAAAGUCCUCCUUCACUUACAGGAACUUGAACAGUUUUACCUGCCUGCCAAAAGAGCAAGGCCAGACAGGGUGGGAGGGUGUUAACGAGAACAGGAACAGAUCCCAAGGCUUCACAGAAUAUUUCAGCUUUCACUGCUUGUCUAGUUUUGUUAUUGUUGUUGUUGUUACUGUUGUUGCUUUCACCUUUUCUCUUUUUUUAAACAAGUAUAUGCAUAGGCAGGCUUCAUUUAUUUGUCUGCCAUUAAACUGCCUGUGAUUACACUGGGAAUCAUUAGGUUACAGCAAGAAGAACCCAGCCAAAGCCCACCUGUCAAAAAUUAAGCCUGACUUUAUUUUUUUACUGAAAGACAGCUUGCCAUGCUCACCGUGCUUGUGAACCUCAAGUAGUGUUACUGGCUGGUACUGACUUUUCAAUUAUGUUUGGGGUUUUUUUGGCCCAGAAUAAAAAAUAUGAGCAAGUA